AUGGCGGGGAUUGGGCAAGAUGUCAGGCUGCUGGUGGAAGAAGACAGCACGGCGGAGGUGGAGGUGGUGACAGACGUGGAGCAGGAGCAGUUGUCCUCGCAGGAGCCAGAGGAGAACCCGGAGCAGGAACCUGCAAGGCCAGGAACCCCAAUUGACCUACCGGACCACACUGGAGGGGCUGGAGUCACUGGCGGCCCUUCAGGCAGUGAGUUUAACUCUGGGAAUGUGAAAGACCACAGGGCCUACAUUCGUAUCAGGUGGAGCAACCAUCAGAGCGAGGGUUACUUGGCUCAGAGAUGUGCCAUCUUCCAGGGCAUCACAUGCUUCUGGGCCCAAGCCCCAUCCUGA